AUGGAUAUCCAGGAGACACAUCGUCUCCUGUCGGAGUUCCUCCACGGACUCGCGAAUCUAUUUCACCGUGUUCCCGGCUCCGCAAUUAUUCUGCGAUACGUCAAGUCUAGUUACCAAGAUGAUCCGAUUCGGUCAGCGGUGGAAUUGUUCUUGUUCCUGUUUGCUGUGCGGUAUCUAUUAGCUCCAAAAUACUCAACAAAGCCUGGCGUGGUCCCGUUGACCGAAGAUGAGAUCGACGAUCUUGUCGACGAAUGGACUCCGGAGCCGCUUGUGGCCAAGCCCUCUGCGUUGGAGGAAAUGGAAGUUGAAAAGCGCACUGUGAUUGUUGGUCCCGUAGGUCCCAAGUCGAAGCUCUCCAACGGACGUACUGUGAACAACCUUUGCUCUUUCAACUUCUACAACUUCAACACCAAUGAGUCACUCAAAGAGCAAGCUAUCCAGACCCUUCGAAAUUAUGGGGUUGGCCCUUGCGGACCUCGUGGUUUCUACGGCACCCAGGACGUACACAUGAAGACCGAAGCCGACAUCGCAUCCUUCUUGGGUACACCGGCUUGCAUUAUGUACUCACAAGCCUUCUCCACCAUUUCCAGUGUCAUUCCUGCAUUUUCAAAACGAGGAGAUAUCAUUGUCGCGGACAGGGGUGUCAGCUUUGCCAUUCGCAAAGGUAUUCAGAUCUCACGCAGUACUGUACGAUGGUACGACCACAAUGACAUGGAGGAUCUUGAGCGCGUCCUCGCCAAGGUCACUAAAGAACAAGCCCGCAAGCCGCUGACCCGUCGAUUCAUCAUCACCGAGGCUCUCUUUGAAUCCUAUGGUGAUAUGGUGGAUCUACCUAAAGUUGUCGAAUUGAGAUUGAAGUAUAAAUUCCGUCUAAUUCUGGACGAGACAUGGUCCUUUGGUGUUCUGGGACGCACCGGACGUGGUCUUACCGAGCACCAAAACGUCGAUCCCGCGCAGGUUGACAUGAUUGUUGGUUCACUCGCGGGACCUCUUGUUGGCGGAGGAGGUUUCUGCGCCGGCUCCGAGGAGAUUGUUCAUCACCAGCGUAUCUCAGCUUCAGCUUAUACUUUCUCUGCCGCCCUCCCUGCCCUCCUUUCAACCACUGCCAGUGCCACAAUCAAUCUCCUACAAAACAGCCCGGAAGUCAUCAGUCAACUCAGGGAGCAUACCAAAGCCAUGCGCGCUCAACUGGACCCUCGAAGUGAUUGGGUGUAUUGCUCCAGCGCCCCGGAGAAUCCCAUUCUUAUUCUUGUCCUGAAACCAGAAGUCGUGGCGUCCAAAAAGCUAUCUUUUGACGAUCAACAGUAUCUCCUGCAGGAUAUUGUCGACGAGUGUCUUGCCAAUGGAGUCAUGAUCAGCCGUCUGAAGGCUCUUGAUGAUAACUUCCAGCCAAGACAAAUUGUUUCUCCUGCACUCAAGGUCUGUGUCACGAUCGGUCUCACCAAAAAGGAAAUCGAGAAAGCCGGGACUACCAUCCGGCACGCCAUCACAAAAGUCAUGAGCAAGAGAAAGUGA